GAUAUUGUCUUCCUGGUCGACGGCUCUGGGAGUAUUGGAACUGAGAACUUUCAGCGCGUCCGGGAGUUCCUCCACGGUCUGGUCGACGGCUUUGAUGUCGCUCCCGAUCGUGUUCGCAUCGGUAUGGUGCAGUACAGCGACACUCAACGCACAGAGUUCAGUCUCAACACCCAUCAGAAUAAAACAGAUGUUCUCGAGUACAUUGACAAGCUGCCUUACAUGGGAGGGGGCACGAUGACCGGCUUGGGGCUGGACUUCAUCCUGAAGAACCAAUUUGUGGAAAGCGCAGGAAGCCGUGCCAAAGAGAAAGUGCCCCAGAUUGCUGUUGUCAUCACAGACGGCCAGUCAUCGGACAACGUCGGGCCAUCUGCAGAGAACCUGAAGAAACAGAACAUCACUCAUGAGAUCGUCCAGGAAGUGUGCACCGACGCAAAGGGACCCAAGCCUACCGAGCCUUCUACAGACGAGAAGCAGCUGAAGGAGAUUGCCAGUGCGCCUCCUGACCAGCACGUGUUCAGUGUCACUGACUUCACCUCUCUUCAGAACAUCACUCAUGAGAUCGUCCAGGAAGUGUGCACCGACGCAAAGGGACCCAAGCCUACCGAGCCUUCUACAGUUUGCUCAGACGAGACCGUGGCUGAUAUUGUCUUCCUGGUCGACAGCUCUGGGAGUAUUGGAUCUAAGAACUUUCAGCGUGUUAGGGAGUUCCUCCAUAGUGUGGUUUACCGGUUCAAUGUUGCUCCUGAUCGUGUUCGCAUCGGUAUGGUGCAGUACAACGGCACGCAACGUACAGAGUUCAGUCUCAACACCCAUCAGAAUAAAACAGAUAUUCUCGAGUACAUUGACAAGAUGCCAUACAUGCGUGGGUGCACGAUGACUGGCUUGGGGCUGAAAUUCAUCUUGGAGAAGCUCUUUGUGGAAAGCGCAGGAAGCCGUGCCAAAGAGAAAGUGCCCCAGAUUGCUGUUGUCAUCACAGACGGCAAGUCAGAAGACAACGUGGAACCAUUUGCAGAGAACCUGAAGAAACAGGGGAUCACCAUUUACACUAUCGGCGUCAAAAAUGCAGACGAGAAGCAGCUGAAGGAGAUUGCCAGUGCGCCUCCUGACCAGCAUGUGUUCAGUGUCUCCGACUUCACCGCUCUUCAAGGAAUCUAUCAGAAGAUCGUCCAGAUGCUGUGCAGUAACAUGAGGGCCUAACCCCAGUCCUCUCAAUAAACAGAAGGAAUGCUGAAUGACGAUCGGAGAGAACUACAUUCGAGGCAUGUCAUGCCAAGGUCUAAGGCGGCCGAUGAAUAUCAUGCUUUUCGAUUUAACUCAUUUACAUUUAAAUUAGCAUUUAUUCGCUUAGCAGACGCUUUUCAGCAAGGUGACUUUCAGCAAUAGAAUAACAUUUAAGCUACAGCUAUAGCAACAGAGUAAGAUUUAAGCUACAGCGCUGAGGAGACCGUAGCAAGGAAUUACCACUGCCAAUCAUGCAAAUCUGUAACAAUCUAUCAAUACUAGCAAAGAUCAUUAAGGGCGGAGCAAGAUACUUCAUGAGAAGCCACUUCCUGGAACCCGAAUCGCAACAGGGAGGGGGGGCAAAAUCCCCCUUUAUGCAGAGCUGUUCCAUUGAAGUCUAUGCACAUGACACGCAUGACACACCCCCAUAUUGCAGAGGAAGUGAUCCCUGUUUGCGCCCAUAGACAUGAACUACGACGACGUAUCUUGCUCCGCCUUAAGGAUCUUUGAUACUAGUACAAGAGGAUUGGAGUGCCUACAUUUUAAGUGCUAGUCAAAGUAUGGUAAGAGGAGAUGUUGUAUAAGAGGAGGUAGAGGAGGGAAGAGGAGAGGAAGGAGGUAGAUGAGGGAGAUGAGGGAAGAGCAUGGUAAGUGCGUAAUACUCCUCAUUUGUAACACUGCAAUGACAUGU